AUGGUGCAUUUGUGCGAGUGUCCUCUGCGGCUGGAGAAGAGCUUCAUUUUGGAUGGGGUGGCUGUGAGCACCAUGGCCCGCAGCUAUGAGCAUGUGAGGCCCAAGCUCUGGUCGGCGAUUCCACCAUACAACGCGCAGCAGGACUGCCACGCCCGCCGGUACUUCCGGAGCCGCGUUGUCCCACCCAUCUUGCGGAAAACUGACCAGGAUCACGGCGGUACAGGAAGGGAUGGCUGGAUAGUGGAUUAUUUCCACAUCUUUGGUCAAGGACAGAGAUACCUCAACAGGAGAAACUGGGCGGGGGCAGGGCAUUCCCUCCAGCAGGUGACCGGGCAUGAUCACUAUAAUGCCGAUCUGAAAGCGAUCCAGGGGUUCAAUGGCAGGUUUGGCUAUCGCCGAAACACCCCAGCUCUCCGCCAGCGCCCAUCUGUCUUUGGAGAGGUCACCCAAUUCCCUCUCUUCUAA